AUGCUACCUGUUCAGCUCGCCUUACUCAAAUCCAUUACUAUCUCGGCACUUGGUCUGCAGCUUAUUCGACCAAUAUUACCGGCACAGCCCGAUUCAGCCGCUGAUGUAGCUUUACCAAACGGGCUCCGUGCGGCGGCCAACGCCUCUCACCUAUCCAAUUCGUCAAGUACUAUGCCCCAACAAUGGGAUGGUACCAUUGCGUUGUCACUCCAUGAGUUCAACACAUCACUCUCGUCUCCUUCAUCUAAUGACCCAUCUCAAUUAUGGAACGAUACAUACAUCUCAACGUUCAAUAUUGCCGCUGGACCUCGCCCAGCGCCUGAUUUACCUCCUUUACCCCGCGGAUGGGGAAUUGUGUGCAGUACAGGAUUCGGCACCGGCAUGAGUCCCUCAAGCUGCUUAGAGGCAUGGACACUACUUCCAAUCACCAAGAGAAUACUUCGUUUUGGGCCUCGCGACGCAGCGAACACGUAUGAUGUGGGGCUUCCAAAACGGUAUUUAAGCUCCGAUGGUACAUGCUAUAUUGAGCCUAUGCAACUGCACAGUGAAAUGGUAGCUCACGUAAAGCCGGCUGAAGCAGGCAUUGCUGCAGCUUAUGUCAUUCGCCAGUGUGUGGGUGGCGGUCCAGCACAAGGCGGUGUUACAAAUAAUCUCGGAAGCGGUGAUAAUCUCGCUGUAAGAGUCGCAAAGUUUGUUCCUGGAGUGGUGUGUAGUGCGCAACCGUACCCGCGUGAAGCCACGGUUCUCAACGCUUGUGGGGCCAUUGUGGACCGAAUGGAGGCUUCUAAACAAGUAAGAAUCUUUGCACAGCAGGAUAUCCAUGACCCGAAUCUGGAAGUUUCGCUUCCUGCAUACUAUACUGCCCCAACCGAAGCCCCGAUAUGCGUACUCGAAGUUACGGGGAGUCUGCCUCGGCAGUUCGCCAACUGGUAUAACAUCUGGGAGGCCGCGACUGCCAUUACUGCAAUGUGCAUCAGGGAGGGAAAGGGAGGAUACUGGCAGGGGAUUGGGGCGACUGAGAGCCUUGCCGUGAGGAUGGGGAAAUCUUCAGUUUGA